UCUUCUGUGUACUUUCGCUUCCAUUUACACCAAACAAUUUGUUUUUUUCCUGGUUGGAUAUUUCUUGAGCUGUUGAACUAAUCAAAUGUAUAUAAAACCACAGCGUCUCCACGGCAUCUUUUCAGAAAACAAAAUCUUGGAUUGCUUCUCUAGGUCCUCUGUUCUCCGGCCCUUUUUCUUGUUCGUUCGUCUGUUCGGCCUUUGAUCGAUAGCGGAGCCUGCAUGCCUGUCUUGCCGUGUCUUGCUGUGUCCAGGGUCUUGUGUCUCGAUGGAACAGAUAGAAGGUUGCUUCCCAGUGUCGCCAUUGUCGAUUGGGAUCGGGAUAGGAAUAGCAAUCCUCGUAUUCUUCAAAUGCGUCCUGUUCCAUGCGGACCCUCUGUAUUGUCUCAAGUGCCAUAUCCAUCUCUUCUUAGGCUUUAUGUUCGUAGAGAAGGACAAAACUGGUAGAUCCCCCGCUACUUUUUCCUUUUCUUCUUCUUCGAACUGUAAUUGCACGAAACCAGGCGGCCCCGAGCCUCCAGUGGCCGAACACCCAAAAGAAGAGAAGCUCUUGGGGCACGAAGUCGAGACGGUGAUGGAGGGGCUGGGGAUUUUUAGCAUAAACCCAGAUGGAGGUGGGGGGACGGUGGGGGCCCAGGAGAUUGAGCAGCUGUUCGAGGAGCAGGAACCGAGCCUCGGGGAGGUGAAGGAGGCUUUCGAUGUGUUCGAUAAGAACCGGGAUGGGUUCAUCGACGCGGGGGAGCUGAGGGUUGUGCUGUGGGCACUGGGGCUCAGUGAAGUGUCUGAAGCUGAUUGCCAGAGGCUGAUCAGAGCAUUUGAUGAGAACAGAGAUGGGCGGAUUGACUUCAGAGAGUUCACCAAACUUGUAGAGAAAAGUUUCUGCUCUUCUCAUAAUCAAUAACCGAAUAUAUAUUCCCAUGUUUUUCUUUGUUAUGUUCUUUCUGUUUCUGUCGUGUUUGGUACGAUGGAACCGAGCAACUCCGGAGCGGAACCUUGCACAUAGAUGUACUGAUUACAAUCCCAUUCUG